AUGUCGAAGUGGGCAGAGUUGCCUUACGAUCUCCUUACUGAGAUUGCAAACCGUGUUAAAGUAAUUGAAGAUUUCGUUUCUUUUGGUGCCGUUUGUACCUCUUGGCGAACUGCUGCUACAAAGAAAAAUUUCGAUGUGUUUUCGCCUCAAGUUCCAUUGCUUAUGCUUGCUGAUAAAGAUGAAGAUUAUCGAGAAUUUUACUCUUUGUCCAAGCAUAAAAUUUCACGCAUAUUUCUCCCUGAAGUUAGAGGGAGAGAGUGUUUUCCAACGCAAGGAUGGCUUUGCACUGUGGCAUAUAACGGAGAGAUGAAUUUGUUGAACCCUUUCUCCCGUACCCAAAUUGAACUUCCUUCAGAAAAAGAAUUUUGGGUUUUUCAUGGUCCCGUAGAAUUAUGUAAAGGAGAGUUCUGGCACUAUAUGGACAAAGCUGUAUUAUCUGCCAAUCCUUUAGUUGCAUCAGAUUAUGUACUAGUGGUUUCUUAUUAUACAGACUGUGAUUAUCUUUUGGCUUUUUGGCGACCUGGUGAUCUUAACUGGACUAAAAUUGAUUUUGCAAAAGCUAAGCAGUUCUACCUAGUUGAGGUAUCCAAUUCGCUAUUAUUUGUUGCUCGAUAUUCCCAUGGAAUUGGUGGUCAGACCUUUAAAAUUAAAGUGUAUGAGUUAGAUAUAAUCAAAGGUGAAUUGAAGGAGAUUAACAGCUUGGGAGAUUCGGCUAUAUUUUUGGGCCUUAGUGGAGCAAGUUCGAUUGAGUCCUCUAAGUUUACAGGAGUCAAGCGUAAUCACAUAUAUUUUACCGAUGAUUGGUGCAGGAUUAAGAAUAAGGAAGGUGGUAAUGGAAGAGAUAUGGGAGCUUACAAUCUUGAAGAUGGAAAAAUUGAAUCUUUUUAUCCUGGAUUGUCAAUAAGUCCUCUUUCCCCGCCAACUUGGGUCACACCAUCAAUCUCAUAA